UUAUUGACAAGUUUUAAUUGAUUUAAAAUUUGUUAAAAUAUAAAUCUGUUAAACUCGGUAGUGAAGUAACUAAUUUCAAAUAUUUAAAAGUUGGUAAUAACGUAAGGAUUAUGUGGAAGUGUGUUGUACAAGAGUUGUAACAGAGAUGGGCGAGCGCAAGUAAUCGUCUUUGUUAUUCGAGAGUUCUGCCAAAAUUGUCAUCUCUACGAACCAAACCUUGGGGGGCAACUGUCAAAUGAUUUUAGUAAAGAGUACUACUAACUGCAACUGACGAACGAAUUAAGAAAACGAAAAUAAUAUCAUCAUGUCUGACUUAAGGCAACGUAAACGUUUACAGAAAAAAGAAUCUUCAACUGAAGAUGAAUUUGAAUAUGAAGACACAAUGACUAAACCACAUGCUGUGCCAAUAGUUUUAGCAGGUGAGGACCAUUCGUUCAAGCUGGACGAAGAGGCUCUCAAGAAAGUGUUAAUGCGAGAUGAGCUUAAAGAUCGAUACGUAGUGGUAGUUUCCGUGGCUGGUGCAUUUAGACACGGCAAAUCAUUUCUCUUAGAUUUCUUUUUGCGAUAUAUGAAUGCUAAGUAUGUCCUUAAACAAAAUACAUCGGAGUGGAUAGGUUCGGAAGAUGCCCCGCUCGAAGGAUUCUCUUGGAAGGGAGGAUCAGAUCGGGAUACGACGGGAAUACUGAUGUGGUCUGAAGUUUUUCUAACAGAACUUAUCACGGGCGAAAAGGUUGCUGUGGUGCUACUCGACACUCAGGGUACUUGGGACAGCAAAAGUACAGUCAAAGAAUGUGCCACAAUAUUCGCAUUAAGUACAAUGUUAAGUUCCGUUCAAAUCUACAAUUUAUCCAGCAAUAUACAGGAGGAUGACCUUCAACACUUGCAGCUUUUCACCGAAUACGGCCGACUCGCCCUGGCCGAUUCCGGAAAGGUCCCCUUCCAGAGGCUACAGUUCCUCGUGAGGGACUGGCGGUUCCCGUAUGAGGCGCCCUAUGGGGCCGUCGGCGGCCAGCAGAUCUUAGAGAAGCGCCUGGAGGUGAACGACCACCAACACACGGAGCUCCAGUCUCUCAGGAAGCACAUAAGGUCUUGCUUUACGGAGAUAGCUUGUUUCCUGAUGCCCCAUCCUGGCAUCAAAGUAGCCACCAGUCCGACUUUCGACGGGAGAUUGGGGGAAAUCGAUUCUGAAUUCAAGGAUAACCUGAAGAUACUGGUGCCUAUGUUGUUGGCCCCUGAAAACUUGGUCCUGAAAAGGAUAAACGGAGAGAAGGUGAAAGUCAGGGAUUUCGUGCAAUAUUUUAAGUCCUACAUGCAGAUUUAUGAGGGCAACGAGUUGCCUGAACCGAAGUCUAUGCUUGUGGCAACCGCGGAAGCGAAUAACCUGGCGGCCGUCGCCGACGCCAAGGACGUGUACGUCACCAUGAUGGAGGAGAUCUGCGGGGGCGCCAAACCCUAUCUCAAGACUGAAGCGAUCGAUAACGAGCACCGCAAGGUCAAGGAUAAGGCCAUCCAGCAGUUCGACAACAAGAAAAAAAUGGGCGGCGAGGAGUUCAGUCAGACAUACAGGGAACAGCUGGAAAAGGAUAUCGAGGAGACGUUCGCACAAUUCAAGGCGCACAAUGAGAGCAAGAACAUAUUCAAAUCGGCCAGGACACCGGCCGUGUUCUUCGCCCUGGCCGUACUGUUCUACAUCACUUCCGGUAUAUUCGGAUUCAUCGGCAUCUACUCGUUAGCGAAUAUCUGCAACGUGGGCAUGGCGUUGGCUUUCGUCACUUUGGGAACGUGGUCCUACGUCAGGUACAGCGGGGAAAUGCGCGAAGUCGGAUCUUACAUAGACGAGACGGCGAACUUCAUUUGGGAGAACUUAAUGAAGACCGUAGUACAAGGCUUCGUCGAAACCGGUAUGCAGCAAAUGGCUGCCGAAGUAGCUGAGAGGACGGUGGUGAACGCGACCAAAAUGGCGGUGAACGGCAAAAAAAUUGCGUGAUAUGCUAAGGUCGUCUAGUCUGCCAUAAUCUAAUGCAUAAAUUCCCUAAUGGCUAGUACUAUGUUACAUAUAUCUCCGGUAAAUUGUCUAAAAAAUUUUUUAAUGUAUAUUGUAUAGAUUGGAUUGUUAAGUCUUGCCAACGUUCAUUUUUUAAAUGUUGUACAGAUUUGUAUAUAUAUGUAACAUCAUUUAUUAUAUUAUGUGAUAUCUUGGCAAUGUUGGUAUUAUAUUAGGACUUUUAUUUAUUUUUUACACUUCCUUUUUAAUGUACUUCUUAUAUUUAUUAAUCUGUGCGGAUCAUGACAAAAAAAAACAAACUUAAUAAAGAAAAAAUGCAUUUAAUACGGCUUGUAAUAAUUUUAGGUAUACCUACUACUAACGUACGACUAACGUGUAUUUAGGUCACUUUUAACGUAGUAUUAAAUCAAACUAGGGCUUGCAUAUAGCUUUAGCUGGAUUGUGUGAUUUUACAUAAUUUGUUUGUUUACUUUACGAAUAAUUUUCUCAAAUGGAACAUCGGUUUAAAAAUUGUUGUUGGUCACGUGUAAAUUAUUUUUUAAAUUCAGUUUGUGUGCAAGGUGGUGAUUUCGAUGUGGUUCAGGAGGUUCAUUGUAUUCCCCAAGCAGAUAGACAAAAAGUAGUUCAAACGUCUCAGACUUGAAUUUCGAGAAAAAUUGAAUAAUGAAAAAUCCACCUCGAUAUCUUAAUUUUUUUGUAAAAGAUGCAAAUAUUGCUUUUUUUAUUUUUGCUUUUUAGUGAAAGAAAUAGCUUUUAAUUGUGAAAAACUU